UUUUGACUGGGGGUAGGAGAAAGGGAAGGGUGGGUGAGGACGGAAAAAGCAGCAUCGGUCAGCCGCGAACCCCAGGAGAAAAGCUGGGGGCCUGAGCCAGAACCGGAGCCCUAGCGGCACAAGGCAGACACCCAGGGUUGGUCAGCUCCGCAUGAUGAGUCUCCGGCUUUUCAGCAUUCUGCUCGCCGCUGUGGUCUCUGGAGCCCAGGGCUGGGGCUACUAUGGCUGCAAUGAGGAGCUGGUGGGGCCUCUGUAUGCACGGUCUCUGGGUGCUUCCUCCUACUAUGGACUCUUUACCACAGCCCGCUUUGCCCGGCUACACGCCCUUGCCCCUUUUGUAGGCAUCAGUGGAUGGUCGCCCCGGAUUGGGGACCCGAAUCCCUGGCUCCAGAUAGACUUAAUGAAGAAGCAUCGAAUCCGGGCUGUGGCCACACAGGGAGCCUUUAAUUCUUGGGAUUGGGUCACACGUUACAUGCUGCUCUACGGGGACCGUGUGGACAGCUGGACACCAUUCUACCAACAAGGGCACAACGCGACCUUCUUCGGUAAUGUCAACGACUCGGCGGUGGUACGCCAUGACCUGCACUACCAUUUUACGGCUCGCUACAUCCGCAUCGUGCCACUGGCCUGGAACCCCCGCGGCAAGAUUGGCUUGAGGCUGGGCAUCUACGGUUGUCCCUACACGUCCAACAUCCUGUAUUUUGACGGCGAUGAUGCCAUUUCAUACCGCUUCCAGCGAGGGGCCAGUCAAAGUCUUUGGGACGUGUUCGCUUUUAGUUUCAAGACAGAGGAGAAGGACGGGCUGCUGUUGCACACCGAAGGCUCCCAGGGGGAUUAUGUGACGCUUGAACUGCAAGGAGCACACCUGCUGCUGCACAUGAGCCUGGGCAGCAGCCCCAUCCAGCCGAGACCUGGUCACACCACGGUGAGCGCUGGUGGCGUACUUAAUGACCUAAGCUGGCAUUAUGUGCGGGUGGACCGAUACGGCCGAGAAGCAAAUCUCACCCUGGAUGGUUACGUACAUCGCUUUGUGCUCAACGGCGACUUUGAAAGGCUGAAUCUCGAAAAUGAGAUAUUCAUCGGAGGUCUAGUGGGCGCAGCGCGUAAGAACCUGGCCUACCGCCAUAACUUCCGUGGCUGUAUAGAAAACGUGAUCUACAACCGGAUCAACAUAGCUGAAAUGGCAGUGCAGCGCCAUUCGCGGAUCACCUUCGAGGGUAAUGUGGCUUUCCGGUGCUUGGAUCCCGUUCCACACCCCAUCAACUUCGGAGGCCCUCACAACUUCGUCCAAGUGCCUGGCUUUCCACGUCGAGGCCGCCUUGCUGUCUCCUUCCGCUUCCGCACCUGGGACCUCACAGGGCUGCUCCUUUUCUCCCGCUUGGGGGAUGGGCUGGGUCAUGUGGAGCUGAUGCUUAGUGAAGGGCAAGUCAAUGUAUCCAUCGCGCAGACUGGCCGCAAGAAGCUUCAGUUUGCUGCGGGGUACCGCCUGAAUGAUGGCUUCUGGCAUGAGGUGAACUUUGUGGCACAGGAAAACCAUGCGGUCAUCAGUAUUGAUGAUGUGGAGGGGGCAGAGGUCAGGGUAUCAUACCCACUGCUGAUCCGCACAGGGACUUCAUACUUCUUUGGUGGUUGUCCCAAACCAGCCAGUCGAUGGGGCUGCCACUCCAACCAGACAGCAUUCCAUGGCUGCAUGGAGCUGCUCAAGGUGGAUGGUCAACUGGUCAACCUCACUCUGGUAGAGUUUCGGAAGCUUGGUUACUUUGCUGAGGUCCUCUUUGACACAUGUGGCAUCACAGACAGAUGCAGCCCUAAUAUGUGUGAGCAUGAUGGGCGCUGCUACCAGUCUUGGGAUGACUUCAUCUGCUACUGCGAACUCACCGGCUACAAGGGAGUUACCUGCCAUGAACCAUUGUAUAAGGAGUCCUGUGAAGCCUAUCGCCUCAGCGGGAAAUAUUCUGGAAAUUACACCAUUGAUCCUGAUGGCAGUGGACCCCUGAAACCAUUUGUAGUGUAUUGUGAUAUCCGAGAGAACCGAGCAUGGACAGUUGUGCGACAUGACAGGCUAUGGACCACUCGAGUGACAGGUUCCAGCAUGGACCGGCCCUUUCUGGGGGCCAUCCAAUACUGGAAUGCCUCCUGGGAGGAAGUCAGUGCUCUGGCCAAUGCUUCCCAGCACUGUGAGCAGUGGAUCGAGUUCUCCUGCUACAAUUCCCGGCUGCUCAACACUGCAGGAGGCUACCCCUACAGCUUUUGGAUUGGCCGAAAUGAAGAACAGCAUUUCUACUGGGGAGGCUCCCAGCCUGGGAUCCAACGCUGUGCCUGUGGGCUGGACCAGAGCUGUAUAGACCCUGCACUGCACUGCAACUGCGAUGCUGACCAGCCACAGUGGAGAACAGACAAGGGGCUCCUGACCUUUGUGGACCAUCUGCCUGUCACUCAGGUAGUGAUAGGUGACACAAACCGCUCCAGCUCUGAAGCUCAGUUCUUCCUGAGGCCUCUGCGCUGUUAUGGUGACCGCAAUUCCUGGAACACUAUCUCCUUCCGCACUGGAGCUGCACUGCGUUUCCCUCCAAUCCGUGCCAACCACAGCCUUGAUGUCUCCUUCUACUUCAGGACCUCGGCUCCCUCAGGAGUCUUCCUAGAGAACAUGGGGGGUCCUUUCUGCCAGUGGCGCCGACCUUACGUGAGAGUGGAGCUCAACACAUCCCGGGAUGUGGUCUUUGCCUUUGAUAUUGGCAAUGGGGAUGAGAACCUGACAGUGCACUCAGAUGACUUCGAGUUCAAUGAUGACGAGUGGCAUUUGGUCCGGGCUGAAAUCAACGUGAAGCAGGCCCGGCUGCGAGUGGACCAUCGGCCCUGGGUGCUAAGGCCCAUGCCCCUGCAGACGUACAUCUGGCUGGAGUAUGACCAACCCCUCUAUGUGGGAUCUGCAGAGCUUAAGAGGCGCCCAUUUGUGGGGUGCUUGAGGGCCAUGCGUUUGAAUGGAGUGACUCUGAACUUGGAGGGUCGUGCCAAUGCCUCCGAGGGCACCUUCCCCAACUGCACGGGCCACUGCACCCACCCCCGGUUCCCCUGUUUCCACGGAGGACGCUGUGUGGAGCGAUACAGCUACUACACGUGUGACUGUGACCUCACAGCUUUUGAUGGACCAUAUUGUAAUCACGAUAUUGGUGGAUUCUUUGAGACUGGCACAUGGAUGCGCUAUAACCUCCAGUCAGCACUGCGUUCUGCGGCCCAGGAGUUCUCUCACAUGCUGAGCCGGCCGGUACCGGGCUAUGAGCCUGGCUAUAUCCCAGGCUACGACACUCCUGGUUACGUGCCUGGGUACCAUGGUCCUGGGUACCGCCUACCCGACUACCCAAGGCCUGGCCGGCCAGUGCCCGGAUACCGGGGGCCCGUGUACAAUGUUACUGGAGAGGAGGUCUCCUUUAGCUUCAGCACCAGCUCUGCUCCUGCAGUCCUGCUCUACGUCAGCUCCUUUGUGCGUGACUACAUGGCCGUGCUCAUCAAGGAAGAUGGGACCCUACAGCUUCGCUAUCAGCUGGGCACCAGUCCCUAUGUGUACCAGCUAACCACCCGGCCAGUGACCGAUGGCCAACCCCAUAGUGUCAACAUCACCCGGGUCUACCGAAACCUCUUUAUCCAGGUGGACUACUUCCCGCUGACAGAACAGAAGUUCUCUCUCCUGGUGGACAGCCAGCUGGACUCCCCCAAGGCCUUGUAUCUAGGGCGUGUGAUGGAGACAGGAGUCAUUGACCCAGAGAUUCAGCGGUACAACACCCCAGGUUUCUCAGGCUGCCUGUCUGGUGUCCGGUUCAACAAUGUGGCUCCUCUCAAGACCCAUUUCCGAACCCCUCGCCCCAUGACUGCUGAGCUGGCGGAGGCCAUGCGGGUUCAAGGAGAACUGUCGGAGUCUAACUGUGGCGCUAUGCCACGCCUUGUCUCCGAGGUGCCACCAGAGCUUGAUCCCUGGUACCUGCCCCCAGAUUUCCCAUACUACCAUGACGACGGAUGGAUUGCCAUACUCUUAGGUUUUUUGGUGGCCUUCCUGCUGCUGGGGCUUGUGGGAAUGCUGGUGCUGUUCUAUCUGCAAAAUCAUCGAUACAAGGGCUCCUAUCACACCAACGAGCCCAAGGCCACCCAUGAUUCCCACCCUGGCGGCAAAGCUCCCCUACCUCCCUCAGGCCCUGCCCAGGCCCCUGCCCCCACUCCAGCUCCCACCCAGGUUCCGACCCCAGCCCCAGCCCCAGCCUCUGGCCCAGGCCCCAGGGACCAGAACCUCCCCCAGAUCUUGGAGGAGUCCAGGUCUGAAUGAGUCACAAGGGCUUCAGGGACCAAGGCCAACUCCUCUAAGUCCCUUCAGCUCCUGCCUCUCCUCUCCCCUGUCAGGGACAUUUGGCUCUUCUUAGCAGGCUCUGUUCACCAGGAGGAUCCCCUCUUGCCAAGUUUGGUGUGCAGAGCUACAGAUGGGACCAAAGGGAGUGGCCGAGUCUCACUGCCUAAACCAAUGCCCUGCCCCCACCCCCCACCCCAGCUCCUGGCUGUUUGCCUGCCCUACGGGAGAAAGCUCAUGGAGCUGAGGCGGGCCUUUCCUGCCAUCUCUGUCCCAGCUGCUGGCAAGGAUUAACAACCAAGGGCAGGGGAGAUGAACUGCCUCCCUUCCUGUGGGUAUUAUCAGCAGGGACAGAUGUGGGGGAUCGAGGGGCUGCACAGGGCAGGCAGGGAGGGAGGGAGGAGGCUGCUAAAACACACCCUGGAGCCUCCCCCCUGCCCUGCUGACCGGCUGUCUUCCAUCUGCUUCCUCUCAGCUGGGGUUGAGGGAAGAACUUCAUCCCCACCCCCCACCUCACCCAACCCUUUUUGUUCUUACAGAGACCAAGAGGCCUCAGCUUAGCACUUUAGUACCUCCACUGCUUCACAUGCUUUAGCCAAAGCCAUAAAAAGCCUGCAAGUAGAAGAAAUAAUGCAGACCCUGCCCAGCCAGUCCUCUGCUCCUCCACCCCUUUCCAAAAUACGCAAUAGCCUGGGUGCCUGUGUGCAGGCCUGGCCCCCUCCGUGCAUGAGGAGCCCCCCUCCCCCGCUCAGAGAUGCUGCGUGUUCGUCCAGGAGGUCAUAUUCUUUAUAUAUAUUUUUUGUUGCAAAGCCUCUCUCUAGAGAACUAUAUAUUACUCUAAUUUUUUAAUUAUCUGUUUAUAUAUAAAAGAACUCAGUGGGCCGUCCUGUGCUGUGCCCAGUUUGUAGUGAGCUCCUUCUGUGUUGGAUGUCUCAUGAGUCCUGCCAGCCACUCACCCGCCUGCCGGGCCUCCAUUCUAGAGCAGGGCAGAGCCCGCUGUGCCCUCACCUGAGCAGGUUCAAUAAAAGCAGAGUGGCAGA